AUGUUUUAAUGUUCCCAAAAACCAAAACAAAAAUAGGCAAAUAACAGUACAUUUACAACUUGAAAAAGAAAGACGUUUUUAGAUCUGAAUAUUUACUAGUCAAAAUAUAUGAAUUUGUUUAGACAAUGUGCCCGUCCACAAAUUAAAAAUGAUGUAUUGCGUGACACUUUUGCUUGUAUUAUGUGUCUGUGACUGUUCCUUUGCGAAUCAAGAGGAGGAUUUUAUAGGCACAGUGACACAACUUGAAUAUUUAGCAAAGACAGUGAAGCAAGAAAUGAUCAAAGUGAGAAAUAAAGUGGAAAAAAAUCUCCAAGAUUUGAAAAGUAAAGAAUUCGACUGGCUGCAACAUUACUUUGGACUAAAGAGAAAAAUUCCACCAAAGGAAAAUAAAGUUUUGAAAGAAGCAGAGAGAGAGGUUGGGGGAAUGAUUCAUAAACUAAAAGAUGACAGAACGGAUAUUAGACUAAAAGUUCAUAAAUAUAAAGUGCUGAACGGAGACAUUAAUCAUGGUUCGUGGAAAUCCAAAGGCGUUUUCUUUCGAUCUAAAGAUCCUUCGAUGACAAAACAAGAAGGUGGUGCAAAAUUCAUAUUUACAAACAUACCUGAAAACAACGGCAAUGCCUAUGAUAACUACACGGGUGUUUUUAUUGCUCCAGUUACUGGAACUUACUAUUUCGUAUUACAGCUCUGUCUUGUAGGAUAUGAUAUUGACUUGGCAAUUCGCAGAGACGGGAAUUUAUAUAGUUGGGCGCGUUUCUACCCGCAUCACCUCUCGUGUCAAACUGUAGAUAUGUUGACUCCCUUACAACAAGGCGAGGCAGCAUAUGCUACUCAGGGUACCUCGCGUGUUUACGAUUUAAUUCGUGUUGAAAAUGACCUUUACAACACAUUUUCUGGAAUUCUUAUUGCUUAAACGUUUACAGGAUUUUACCCAAUUUCCAAAUUAUCAAGGUAAAUUGAAGAUGA